AAAGCGAUAUUAUCAAGGCCAGAUGGGACAGAUUGUGUCUCGACCGCCAUAAUAUAUGGCCGUCUGACUCUGCCAUGGUGUUGACAUUUUGAGGUUCUGGCAGUCUUUGUAAAGAGCACUUGCGGCAGUUUCACACCGGUAUAUAUUGUCUUCGGCGAGCCAACAGCUGCUCCAGAGAUGAGGGACAAGGAGCUCGAGCCUCUGCAGAAGAUCGGGCAGGAUGUCUAUUUCUACGAGGGGUCUGGCUACAACAGCAAUGAAUUCAGUUCUGACCCUUCACUCAUCGUCCUAUGCACCUGGCUGGGAGGAGCAAGUCCUCGACGCAUCAAUAAAUACAUGACGCAAUAUCGAGCACUUUUUCCAGCAUCAUCUAUUCUUCUCAUUACAACUACAUUACCUGAUAUCACCGUCCGUCCCUUUAGCGUGCUGCGUGCGCGAUUGAAACCAGCUCGUGAAGCCAUCUGCCGCAUUUUCUCACGGAAAGCCGGAGAUACAACUGGACGGAAGAACGGUGCUCUGCUACAUGUCUUCUCACACGGAGGAUGCAACACGGCCAUCCAGCUGGCGCUCUCCAUAAAGGAAAAUCCAGGCCCAAACGCGCUGCAUCACCUCCCCCUAAGAGGCGUCAUCUUCGAUUGCUGUCCUGGGAAAACCGGUUUCCGCCGAUCAUACAAUGCCGCCGUUCUAUCUCUUCCUCAGGGUGGUAAGUUGGUCCAGCUUGUCGGCAGGGCUGUAUUGUACACAACCGUGGGGACGAUCACCAGCAUCCAGAACGCGGGGCUUAUGAGCUCUGUCAAUGACCUGCGGCAUCAACUGAAUGACGACGCGGUGUUGAGGCGCCAGGUGCGAAGGCUGUACAUGUGCUCGCAAACGGAUACCACGGUCGACUGGCACGAUGUACUGUCGCACAUGGAGACGGCUCGAAAGCUGGGAUACCAAGUUGAUGGGGUUAUGUUUCGGAACAGCCCGCAUUGUGCACUGAUGCUGGAGGAUGAGAAGAAAUAUUGGACGAGCAUUAAGCAAUUUUGGAGGGAGGAGGAUCUAUCGUACAAUAUUGAUGGUCCUGCAUCUGCUCUUGAAGGUGGCUCAACAGAAAAAGACAGCUUAUUACCUCGUAGUAAACUGUGAGAGUCGAGGAAUAGCAGAGAUGGAUAAAAUUCUAAAUACUAGGUAUACUCAGUGUUGUAGUAUACUAUAGAGGUGAAUCCGUGGAAUCUGAUUGGUCGCCGGCUUGUCAGCGCAACAUCCGCAAUUGCUCAUCACUCGCUCCCAACGCGUUGCGAUCUUCUGCUCUCUUGACUCGGUCACGCUUAUGGAUCUGUUAUCGGUCCUACCGGGCUUUCAAACACGAUCAUACGCUCAUAUUAUACCCGCACUCGAGCGAAGCAAAAUCACCAUCGUCGACCUCAUCACGCUCGAUAAUC